CGAAGCAUCAGUCCUCAAAUCAAGGAACGGCAGCAACCAUGAGGGCAUUCGUGAUCCUAGCGCUCGCCGCGACGGCGAUGGCGCGGCCGGAAGCCGGAUAUUCUUACAGCCAACCAAGCGGUAGCUAUGGUGCUCCCGGAGGAGCUUCCGGUGGAGGAGGUUUCGGUGGAACUGGCGGCGGAAUCGGUUUUGGUGGCGGACACGGUGGAGGAGGUGGAUUCGGUGGCGGUUCUGGAGGUGGAUUCGGUGGUGGUGCUGGAGGUGGAUUCGGCGGAGGUGGCGGAGGUGGCGGUAUCGGUGGAGGAAUCGGCGGAGGAAUCGGCGGAGGAAUCGGCGGGGGAAUCGGUGCAUUAUCAUUCGGUGGAGGCGAUUUCGGUGGCGGAUUCGGAGGAGGCGGCGGUGGCGGCGGCUCACUCAUUCAGAAACACAUCUAUGUUCACGUGCCGCCCCCGGAGGCACCCGAGGACAGACCGAUCAGGCCGAUCGCACCACCGGCCCCACCGCAGAAGCACUAUAAGAUCAUUUUCAUCAAGGCGCCCACUCCGCCGACCCCGACUGCGCCUGUAAUCCCGGCGCUACCGCAACAGGAUGAACAGAAGACGCUCAUCUACGUCUUGGUAAAGAAACCCGAAGAGGCACCUGAGAUCAACUUGCCCACCAUCACGCCUACUCAACCUAGCAAACCGGAAGUCUACUUUAUCAAGUACAAGACACAGAAGGAAGUCACCGGCGGCGGAGGUGGCGGUAUCGGUGGAGGAAUCGGCGGAGGAAUCGGCGGAGGAAUCGGCGGGGGAAUCGGCGGGGGAAUCGGCGGGGGAAUCGGCGGGGGAAUCGGCGGGGGAAUCGGCGGGGGAAUCGGCGGGGGAAUCGGCGGAGGAAUCGGUGGAGGAAUCGGCGGCACCGGACCGAGCGGACCCAGCACGAGUUACGGGACACCUGGUGCGUCCGGGCCAUACUAGUCAAUUCACCGCUACCCCAAAAGUCGCGGCCCCUCCGUCCUUCUCCUCCAUCAUUCACCGACACACAUGUACACACCGCU